AUGCCAGCGACAUCAAUCCAGGCUUCCAUGAGCGAUCCGGCAGGCCGCGGGGACGAGGUUAGCUGCGCAGCAGCAGCAAGAACAAAUCCCCGCGAGCUGUACCACCGGUCAAGGAUCGAGCCCACAGAGCUGGCUGCUUUUCAUGCGCUGCUGGCCGUGCAGCCCAGAGGCUUCGUGAAGCGUGGAUGGAGUAUCUACGCGCAGCGUGUUCCUCGAUCAGCGACAAACCAAGCAAGGCCGGCUGCCGCUGUGCCAAACUUCGGACAGGGGGAAAGGGGGGUCCUUGCUGAUACUGGCGGCCCAAUAUACGCUGCCAGGUGA